CACUGGCUGCCUGCUCCGGACGUCCGGCUCAUUGGAGCCUCUCAAGGAAGUGGGCCAAGACGGACUGACAGCAGCUAGGAAACCGGUGGUUCCUUUUCUGGUCAAUUGCGUGGCUGUCGGCUGGCUCUUGUCUCCAUCGGACGUUGGGGCGGGCUGUGCCAGUGCCUCCUUAGACUAGACAUGGCCGACGACUGCAGCUGGCGAGUGAGUUCACCGCGACCGUGCGAGACCUACCGCGCCGAGUGGAAGCUGUGCCGCAGCGCGAGGCACCGCCUGCACCACUACUACGUCCACGGCGAACGGCCCUCCUGCGAGCAGUGGCGCCGCGACCUGGCCAGCUGCCACGACUGGGAGCAGCAUCGGAACCCCGAGGCCCAGAGAUCCCUCUGUGAGAGUGAGCGCGCCCGAGCGCAGAAUGCGCAGAAGUACACGCUGGUGUGGGCCCUGAGGCGCAGCCCCCCUGCAGACUGGCACCUCCCUCUGGCUCAACAGAAGGAUGAGUGAGGAUCGGCCCCAUCCCCUGCCUCUGGCCUGUCUGGCGACCUUAAGGACUAUGACCAGCUCACUAUGGUGGGUCCCUAAGAACUCCACCUGACCUGGGCCACAGAGCAGGGUGUCUCCAGCAUCAUCUGUACUCAGGGCACCCCACCUCACCACUCUUGAAAACACCGGUUUCAGGGCUGCUGGGAAGCCAGGCACUUGGCAGGUGUCUAUGGAAAGCCAGGGACAGCCUGAAACAGCCACCUGGAGAUGGCAGACCUGGCAUCUGAAAAGCCCAGGGAAUCUGUUGCAUCACCACUGCCCUGACCUGUGGACACGGGAGGAGCUGAAUCCAACUAUGAGAUGGUGUUGCUGGCUAUGUGGUGGGUGAUAGGACCUUAUUGGUCCUUGUGAUGCAGGCUCUGUGUCCUGGCCUUGGCGACCCAAGUGUUGGCAGCCACAAACCUGGGAAUCAUGGUGCUCACAGAUGGGCCACUCUCUCACUUUCACAGCUGAGUCCCUCUCUCCGUGGGCUUGGCAAGGAAGCCAGGUGGGACUGAGGAUGGGGCUCACCUGGGCCAGCUCUUCCCUCAGAGAUGCUGUUGUAAGCAGUGUGCAUAGCCGCAGAACAGACAGUCAUGUUGAAACCCACUUCAUGAGUUUGUGGCUUACAAAACCCAAGCCCUAAACACCUGGAAUUUCGGUCUCUUCCCUCAA